CGAAGUCCAAACCUUUUGUCAGCAACAACACAGAUACAUUCCUGUAAACUGAAGCACAACAAGAAGAAGAAGCUUCUGGAUUUAAGUGUGUAUAGCUUUAUUAUUAUCUAUCAUAGUGAACACACAAUGAUUCCACCCGCAGAGUCGCUCCUGAGAUACGACAAUCCAGUUUUGAUCACCAAAAGCACAGACAGGAAAUCACCAAAGGGGCGGCCUUUGAGAGUGAGCCCUCAGCUGCCUGCCACCUCUAACCCUGUUCCACCACCUCCUAAACCAAAAUCAGCCUCUACUGAUGGCCCUAUGCAGGAACAUGAGGAGAUCCUGAAUGCCAUCCUUCCACCCAGGGAAUGGCUGGAGGGGAACCAACUGUGGGUGCAGCAAGUGUCCAGUACACCUUGUACAAGAGCAGAUGUUAUUCGCCUGGAGGAACAGCAGGACAUAAAGCUGCAGCAAAGGCAGGCUAGAGAGACAGGGAUCUGCCCUGUCCGCAGGGAACUCUAUUCCCAGUGCUUUGAUGAGCUGAUCAGACAGGUGACCAUCAACUGUGCUGAGAGGGGUCUGCUGCUGUUGAGGGUCAGAGAUGAGAUUCAGAUGACCAUUGCUGCGUACCAGACGCUGUACGAAAGCAGCGUGGCAUUUGGGAUGAGGAAAGCACUGCAGGCUGAGCAGGGCAAAGCUGACAUGGAGAAAACAAUUUCGGACCUGGAGGAUGAGAAACAAGAUCUGAGGAAGCAACUGAACGAGCAGAUAGCUAAAUGCGAUGCAAUUGAAAAGAGAGAAACUGAAAGGCGACAGAUGGAGGAAAAGAAGCACACUGAAGAGAUCCAGUUCCUGAAGAGAACCAACCAGCAGCUCAAGACCCAACUGGAAGGGAUCAUUACACCCAAGAAGUAACUUCGCCAAACUGAGAACAAGAACUGAGUGGCCAUUUCCCAGUACAGGAUGUUAACUAAAUGUCUAAAUGAUAUAAAUUAAAGUAAACUUAACUGAGU